UUAGCUCACCUGGCAGUUGAGUGAACUCUACGAGUUUAGCUCAUUAUUUUCAAUUGCCCUUGAAACUGAAGAGAAGAGAUUUAUUUUCCACCAACUAAGGAAAAAUGCUUCUGCUAAACAGAUACCAGGUGUUAAUCUUGUUAAUAUCGUUGAACAGCCAAUCUUUACCUAUACAUGCAACGAAGCUCACGCUUCAAUCCAUCUUUGAUCUGCCUACAAAUAAAAAUGGUCAAGCGUAUGAAAGACGAACGGUGAAGAUAGACUCUGCGAAGCAUAUCGAGUACUUCUUUGGGUCCCCUUACGCUAAUGCCGCUGACUUCAUAUUCGACUUCAAAAAGAAUUUAACAUUGAUAAGAGUACCAACGCAAAGGAUUUGUUACGUAUGGAGAGCUAUUGAUGAACUUCCUAACUCGAAAAAUCUCAAGCCUUUCAAACCAAACGAGGAUGUCAAAACUAAAACUUUGGCAUGGCGUGUGUCUGGUACCAUCAGAAACAAACGUAUCCUGGAUAGCAAGAUGAAACAGAUGUGUAAGGGCAUGGCUGUUUUUCUCAUUACCCCAGCAGAUAACGAAAAACCAGCUGAAGGACAAAGCAAAGGGAGCGCAAAGCGAUCAGGCUGUGGUGGACGUCUUUGCUACCGGGUUCAGCAGUGCUACAUACCCUGUUAUAAAUGUAAACAAUUGUGUAUACCCAGGCAAAUUUGUGCCGAAAUUACUUGUUAAGAGGACCUUUGUUAGCGUUGACAUGCCGUGUCCUUGCCGUGCCGUGACCGAGACCCUAUCUGCAACUGUC